AUGCUUGGAAGGCAAAGUUCGUGGUUCACGGAAGGUCGUGGGCAGUUAUACGCGCGAGUUGAUAAAGAGGAAGAAAGUGACACCCUGGGUCAGCCUCUGACUCCUGAUAUCCCAGAAUAUCCCGAACCCAAUAUCCAGGCCUCCAUUAACAGCUCGUCUGAAGACAAUGAAAUUACAAAUCGUUUAUUGAGGACCUCCGAGAAGAUUGUGCAGCACCAGAAGCCAGAUGAAGAAUCUCCCGAAAACUCUUGUUCUUAUCAAAGUGGUGGCUCUGAGUACUUGGAUCAUGAUGGAUACCACAGAAGCGAUGGGGAUUUACUGGCUGUAGAAGAUGAUAAUUUCGCGCAGACCUCCCCUGCUGUUGUCAGAGAAAAUGACUCUUGGAUCUUAAUGACGGAGCAUGAAAUUGAACGCAAUAAUGCUGUGAAGAAAGAUGGACUUUGGGUGAGGAAUAACUCAAUGUGGCGCGGUAUAGAUCUCAGCAUUUUUGAUGACAUGAACUUGGUAUAA